AUGUACACACUGAUGGCAAAAAGGAAGUACGACACCCCAUCGUCCCUGCUCUUGCCAUACAUUCCCAGCCAUGCUCGCGAUGCAUAUGUCGCCCUCCGAGCCUUCAAUAUCGAUGUUGCUCGCACGGCAGAUACGACAUCCACUGCUGCCAUUGGCAUGAUGCGACUGCAAUUCCACAAGGACGCCGUCACCAAAUCUUUGGCGGGAACGCCACCCACACAGCCCAUCGCAUUGCUCCUGGCCAAGGCUGCACACGACGUCUGUCAGCGAUCGUCAGGGAAAUCCAGGUUCAGCAAAAGUUGGUUCAUGAGGAUCAUUGACACAAGGGGAAAAUAUCUAUCCAAUCCUCCAUAUCCUAGCAUGGCCAGUCUGGAGAGCUACGCCGAGAAUACCUACAGUACCUUGCUCUACUUAACAUUACAAGCCUUGCCGAUGGGGAGUGUGGCCGCUGAUCACAUCGCAUCUCAUAUAGGCAAAGCCAUUGGUAUUUCCGCCGUCCUUCGAGGCCUGCCUUUGAUCGCGUUUCCUGGUCCCGGCAAUGCGCACAGCAAUCAAGGCGGCAUGGGAGGCCAUAUGGGUGCUACACGGCAUGGCGCUGUCAUGCUCCCCUUGGACGUGAUGGCUGAAGCUGGAGUUCGAGAAGAAGACGUGCUGCGCAACGGCGCUCAAGCCGAAGGGCUGCGAGAUGCAGUCUUCACUGUGGCCACUAGAGCGAACGACCACUUGAUCACUGCCAGGCAAAUGCUGGCUAAUAUUCGAGCCGGUCAAGAUGCGGGCCAUGAGUUCGAACAUCAGCACGAAGAAGAACACGUACAUAUGCCUUCCACUUUCUCGACAGGACGAUCAGAAACUCCGGCGCAAGAGGUCGAGCGAGCGUUCGGAGUCUUCAUGCCCGCUGUUGCUACACAGAUGUGGCUUGACCGCUUGCAAAAGCUUGACUUUGAUGUCUUCCAGCCGAAGCUGCGGGUCACAGAUUGGAAGUUGCCGUUCAAAGCCUUUUGGGCGUAUAGUCGCAGGAAGAUAUGA